AUGCCUGUAACAAAUUUCAGAACGAAUGAGAGAUACGAAUAUCUCAAUGGUUUUGGAUCCUAUCACGAGUCCGAGGCCAUCUCGGGCGCCUUACCAAUAGGCGCAAACUCACCUCAAAAGGCUCCCUUUGGCCUAUACGCUGAGAAGCUCUCAGGGACUGCCUUCACUGCACCGCGUCACGAGAACCUACAGACUUGGCUGUACCGUAUACUCCCAUCAGCAGCUCAUUCUGCCUAUGAGCCGUACCAAGGCAGUAGCAGCACUGGUGCUCUCAGUCCCGAUGAUGCGGACACGAAGCUGCAUCAGAUUCCCAAUCAGCUUCGAUGGGAUCCUUUUGACUUUAGCGAGGACACGGACUGGGUUCAAGGCUUGAAGCUGGUUGGCGGUGCCGGUGCGCCGCAAACCAAGACUGGGUUGGGUAUCUUCAUUUUCGCAGCCGGAAAGGACAUGGCUCCGCGAACCGCGGUCUAUUCGUCCGAUGGUGAUUAUCUCAUCGUUUUACAGCAUGGUGUCUUGGAUAUUCAGACGGAGCUAGGCAAGAUUCUCGUGCGACCAAAUGAAAUUGCUGUUAUCCCGCGCGGGAUCAGAUACCGCGUCACGCUGCCCGAGGGUCCAGUUCGAGGGUAUAUUCUCGAGCUUUAUCAGGGCCAUUUUACCCUGCCAGAACUCGGCCCCAUCGGAUCCAACUGUCUCGCCAACGCGCGGGACUUUCAAGCACCCGUCGCUGCGUUUGACGAGGAUCACGACUCUGAUUGGACAAUCAUCAACAAAUUUGACGGCAAGCUGUUCUCUGCAAGACAAAAACACACUCCCUUUGACGUGGUAGCCUGGCACGGCCGCUAUUAUCCUUACAAGUACGAUCUUGGUCGCUACUCUGUAAUCGGCAGUACCUCGUUUGAUCAUCCCGAUCCCUCAAUCUACACGGUCCUGACCGCGCCUUCCGAUCACGUCGGAACCGCCGUGGCGGAUUUUGUCAUUUUUCCGCCUCGCUGGCUGGUGCAAGAGGACACGUUCCGGCCACCGUGGUAUCACCGGAACACCAUGUCCGAGUUCAUGGGACUCAUUUGCGGCGACUAUGACGCCAAGGCCGGGGGCGGAUUCCAACCGGCGGGAGCGAGUCUGCAUAACAUCAUGUCUGCUCACGGACCAGAUGCGAGCACCUUUGAAAAAGCCAGUAAUGCGGAGCUGAAGCCUCAGAAGAUUGGUGAAGGAAGCAUGGCUUUUAUGUUUGAGAGUAGCUUAAUGAUCGGUGUGACGGAAUGGGGACUCAAGACUUGCAAAAAGGUGCAGGACGGUUAUAAUGAGCACAGCUGGACCGACUUGAAGGUGCAUUUCAAACGACCUUCUUGA